AUGGUGGAGGGGAAACCGUAUCGGUACGGGCUGAUAGUGGCGGGCCUGUGUGUGGUGGCAGUCGGCCUCUUCAUCAUGACUCAGGAGCGGCCGCACGUCUACGCCACAAUGUGCGUCCUGGGCGUCACCAUGGUGUGUGUUGGGACGACAUGGAGCCUGUGCCAGUGCUAUCCCAAGGUAGUUUUGGCUGCUCACGUUCAGGAGAGCAAGAUACAGGCUCAGAAUACAGCUGAAGCAAAAGAUGGAAGGUUUCCUGGAGCUCCAUCAGAUUUCUGCGGCCAAAAUUUGAGAGGCACUAAACUUCUCCACGAGGUCCCAGUGAGCCAGUGUCACAGCUGUCCUACACUGAACCUGGUCUGAGGUGAUCCAGGAUACCGGACUGAGCUCAGGACAAGAUGAGGAUGGCGGUCCUCUGUUUGAUGACCUGUUACUGAACAGCAUCCCUGAGUAUUUGAAUUUGUAUGAACAAUAGAUGCAAUAUCAGCAGUUUUGCUCAAUUUUUGUGUAUUUUUGAAGUACUGGAAGAUAUUCUUAUG